GUGUAUACAUCACUGGCCGCCGUUCUAGGUAAGCAAAGCUCGGUAGAUAUUUCUUCAGUCGAAUCAGAAAUGUAUUGCUUGCACUGCUCGCCAGAGAAUGAGUCGAAUGAGCAUGCGAAGAUUUUCCACAAAAGAAUGAAGUUCGUGAGAUGCGUCGGCCAUAGCUUACAGUGUGUGAGCGUGUCUUGGAAUGCGACUGGAGAUCGUCUGGCAUCAGGCUCAACAGACAAAUCGAUUUUAUUAUGGAAUGCCCUGGGUAGUAAGCUAUCGGGUUCGACUGCAAGAAAACACGACGAUGAGGUCAACAGAGUACAAUGGGCCCCAUCUGAUGUACAUUCAUUUUGUUCAUGCUCUAAGGACAAGACGCUUCGAUUAUGGGACGAAAGACAGCCAGAUCAGACAGCAAUUAUAAAUUUAGAAGCAAAGGAAUCAAACAAGGCGGUAACGUCUGGUGAAGGUUUGGCGUGGCACUCAAAUGGAAAUGAAAUAGCAGUCAUAGUCACAAACCAAGAUUUGUCUUCACAAGUUCAAAUUGUGGAUGUGCGAAUGAAUACAGUUGGGAGGUAUUUAUCUUCUAAAAAAACGUUCACCGAUCUUGCAUGGUCUUCGAUAUAUCAAGAUAUGCUAAUCUUAACUACUGAGGACGGAUCCGUCAUAGUCGCAAAUGGUUCGAGCUUAGACUUGAACUCUUUUUAUACAUUAGAGGCCCACUCAGGAGUCGUGCAGACAGUUGACGUAGAUCCCACUGGGAAGCGCUUUGCUACCGGAAGUUCGGACUCCAUCAUCAAUUUGUGGAGCAUACGCGAUAUCACGUGCGAGCGCAGUGUAAACAAUAGCGAGAGCUCAGUCCGAUGCGUUCGGUUUUCUAGCAAUGGAAAAUUCUUGGCGUCGUCUACAGACAAAAAAGUCUGGAUCAAUCAUUGUGAAACGGGCAAAGUAGUAGGUCAGAUACCGCAGAUGAGCGAUGAGAAAAAAAUAAGCGAUGCACCUCAAGGGAUUUGGUGCUUGGCAUGGAAUCCGAAAAGAUACACACUAGCGUUUGGAGGAGAAAGAGCGUUUCUUGGUAUGACAAGCUAUGAAAAUUCAUCCCUAUAAAAUUUUU